AUGGAAGCAGUGCGUCGUCUUGUCCAGGUGCAACAAGAAAAACCUGCUCUUCAGCAACUGAUGCGUACGGGUAGCGUGGGUGAUGACUUGUGGCGCGAUUUCAGUGUGGCAGAACAGGAAAUUAUGCAUGAACUGCAAGAAACAGCCAACGAAGCCAACACGUAUAAGGAAGGUUGGGGUCAAAGUAUCUUCUCAUCGGCGGCGCAAAUGUUGGAACAUGAGAAACAGAAGCAGAUGCAGGUCGAAAUGAAGACUCUGCGAGAAAACGAAAUGAAGCGUCAACAAGUUCAGGAACAGCGUGAAGAAAGAGAAGCUUUAGCAACUGAAGAACGCGAGAAGGAGCGAAGAGCCAAAGAAGCCAAAAAAGCCGAAGAAGCCCUGCUGAGGAUGGAAGAGGAGGAAAAAAAGAAGGCGGCAGCAAGCAAGGGCAAGGGAAAGAAAUAA